UUGAAACAGUGUAGUAAACGAAGACGGAGACUGUGUGUGAAUGCCAAAAAAAGGGCGAGAUAUAAGUGAAAAUGCAAAAGGAUAAAAUAAUAUUACCACUUGUAGUUAAAAAAUCGAAAAUUUCAUAAAAAUACACGACGACGAAAAAUCGAAAAUUUCAUGAAAAUACACGACUAAUGUGAAAAUGCAGUGUUAUCGCUGCGCUGGCCACUGUGUAUUCGCCGUCGCCAUUCAAAAAUAUUAAAGUGUAGUGAACAAUGUGUAAGCACAUGUAAACGUAUCGCUUUAGCGCUGUGUAUGUGUGCGUGUGUUCGAGUGCGUGCGUAAAUAUUCACAACAGACAAUAAAUCACCAAGUGUCAAAGGUCAAUUGGAUGUGGAAAAUUUAUCGGUAUGCUGUGCGUUUCGGCAAUCAAGGGCGAAUGUAAAACAAAGUAAACUAUUAUCAAAGUGCUUCGACGCCUAAAAGCACGCAAUCCUCCUGGAGAUAAACUUUUGUCAUUGGAAAGCGAUGGUUUUUUACAUAUAGAAUAUCUGAACUGAAGCCAAAAACAGCAAAUGAAUAAAUUCGAUAACUAGCUCUAAAGAACGCUAAACAAAUAAUAAAAAAUAAAUAAGUGUUAAUGCAAAAUAAAUUAAUAAAUAUGUAUGAGAACUAAUAAGUAAAGACAUACUUAAUUGCAACCAAAUUGUAACUCACCAGUGAGUGCCCACCUAAAGCAAAAUUGUAUAUUAAUCGUGGAUGCAAACCAAACUGGUAAAAACUUCAUCUGAAUAAUUUAAAAUUCCCUCAACUCUCCCGUGCUUGGCCCCCACAACGGCUGGCAGUGUUACGGCCUCAGCAUGAAUAUCGAGCAGCUCCUGUACUGCUUCAUUCUGCUAAUCGCGGAUUUUCAUCGAAUUUCCUGUCUCUUUGUUACUGACAUCAAUGUUCCGGAAAUUGUUGAUUUUCGCGAUAAUGUCACGUUAUCCUGCAGUUAUGAUAUGAGCGGACAUACGUUGAAUUCCGUAAAAUGGUAUAAGGAUAAAAUGGAAUUUUUCAGAUACUCGCCAAUGAUGCAUCCGGUGUACAUGAAAUUCCCCGUCGCUGGCAUCCAGGUGCAAGAUGGAAAAUACUUCUGCAACGAAUCGACGUGUCGGGUGGAUUUAAGUUUAGUCGGCGCCAAAUCAACGGGCACAUACAAAUGCGAGGUAUCCGGCGAUGCGCCACACUUCAAGCUGGCGGCAAGGGGGGACAAUAUGACCGUAGCAGCGCUGCCUCAGAGUGACCCGCUGAUCGACAGCUUCAAUUCAAUGUAUCGCAUGGAGGAACUGCUCAGCGCCACCUGCACCUCGGACUAUUCGAGUUUGCCGACGCGACUGACAUGGUACAUCAAUGGCGAACAGGCGUCGCUGGGCGAACUACAACCCAGCAUUGACACCAGCAUUCCGGCACACGAUUAUGUGCUGCGCCGCCAAAAGCUUCAGGUGCGCUUUUAUUUGAGCGGACCACGCUUCUAUCAUACUGGAAAAAAUCUGGAACUGAAGUGCGUGGCGGAAAUUGAAAAUUUCCCGGAACUGAAGCGUGAAACUUCAUUGACUGCUGCAAUCACACACUACGACAAUUUGAACAAUCAGAUGCUGAUACAUGCCGGCAGUGGGGGGAGUGGUGCUGCGCCCGUCAUUCAUCAACACAUUUCGGUCAGCAAAAAUUUGUCCAUUUUCUUUGUGAUAUGUUUACUGUUCAGCAGCAUGUUGCCCACUUUAUGAUCUGCCUGCGAUAUGUUUCCAAGCAACAAACCACAGAAAAUCACCAAGAGACGGCAAAUGGAAUUGGCGAAGCAAACAACAACUGCGGCAAUGUGGCAACAGAGCCAAGCAUCGACGAGGGUAGCCAUGACUGCGUCCACUAUAUCACAUUAGUUAGUUAGAUGUAACCAAUUAUGAUGUAAAUACAACAAAAAAAUCACAAAAGAAAGGUAACUUAAAAAAAUACAAACACUACUAAACAUAAAAUAAAUUUAAAUUAAACAUCACCAAAUAAGGAGUGACGCUCGGAAAUAUACAUAUAUAACUAA